GGAUACCCAGUCCAGAACAAACUGCCUCGCUUUUCACCUUCCUGACAUACAUCUGGCUCGAACCUACGAUCUGGCAUGCCUACCGCGUUCCUCAUCUACCAGCGGAUGAGUUGCCUCCGUUGUGUGAUUAUGACGAGGCUAAAAACUUAAUCAAACGCGCCUAUCCAUGUUUGGAUACAUUCUCCGGAGCCAAGAAGCGGCAUCUCUUUUGGGGCCUCAUCAAGAUCUUCCGCCGGUCGCUCAUCCUCCAAAGCGUCUUGUUGAUCAUCUUUGCUUUCGCCACCAUUGCUGUGCCUAUUGGCACUAACCGGCUGCUAGCUUACCUCGAGAGCGGCGGUGAAGGUGCAGCCAUCAAGCCUUGGGUCUGGAUCUUGUGGCUGGGCGGUGGGCCUCUUAUACAGGCAAUCGUCUUCCAAUACUACAUCUUCCUCUCGACCGGCAGCCUUGUUCGCGUGGAAGCAAUCAUCACCUCCCUGGUCUUUGACCAUGCUCUCCGUAUCAGGCUCAAGGCUGAGACGGGUGACAAAAAGACCGAGGGCGAGACGUCCGCGCCAGCUAGCCCCACCAGCAGCGACCCGGCGGGAUCUACUACCCCCGACAACACUUCCGAAGGAGGCGACGACGAGACCGUUCACUCACGCACAGAGACGGGCACGUCGACUGCGACGGCUGGUACGAGUUCCACCGCGACCACCGCGACCGCGGUCGCGCCGGCGCCGGGCAAGAGUCAGGACGGCCAGAAGGACGAUAAGAAAGGCAAGAAGGAGGACAAGAAGGACAGCAAGGAUGACGAUAAGAAGGGUGGGAACCUGGCGGGCAAAAUCAACAACCUUGUGACAAGUGACCUCGACAACAUCACGAGCGGCCGCGACUUCCUGUUCAUCGUGGUGUCCGCACCGCUGAUGUUCUCACUCGGGAUGGUAUUCCUGUACCAAGUUCUCGGCUGGAGCUCGUUUGUUGGUCUGGCGGUGAUGAUUGCGCUUCUGCCUGUACCGACAUGGGUUGCAUCGCUCAUGCAAGGGGUGCAGAAGCAGAAGAUGAAAGCUACGGAUGCUCGUGUACAGAGUGUCUCUGAAAUCAUGAGUGUUCUGCGCAUGGUCAAACUCUUUGGGUGGGAGCCGCGCGUCAACGAGACUAUUGCAGAGACCCGGGAGAACGAACUCAAGUACAUCUGGAAGCGCAGAAUGCUCGGCUUGACGAACAACUGCGUUAACCAUUGCAUCCCGCUGAUUCAUAUGGUUGUUACUUAUGCUGUCUAUACCCUAGUCAUGAAGCGCAACUUGACUGCAUCGGUUGUUUUCUCCUCGAUGACCGCAUUCGAAAUGAUGCGUGGCCAGAUCUUCAGACUCGUCUACAUGAUUCCUCAGCUGAUCACUGCCAAUGUCUCUCUGGGUCGUGUCACAGACUUCUUGCGUACCACGGAGCUGCUCGAUGCUUUUACCGAGACUUCCGCAGAAGAGGUCGUGACCGACGCAUCCGAAGCGCACAAGGACGAUAUUGGAUUUGGGCGCUCUAACUUCUCUUGGACUAACGAGAGGGACGACGGCACAUUGACACCCUCGCGCCAGACAUUCCGCUUGCGCAUUGACGACGAGGUACACUUCAAGAAAGGCGCAUUCAACCUCAUUAUCGGACCCACCGGCUCAGGCAAGACGUCCGUCCUCAUGGCCCUCCUCGGAGAGAUGCACUACAUCCCACUCGGCCCUGACUCGUGGGUCAGCCUCCCACGCGGAGGUGGUAUCGCAUAUGCCGCACAAGAGUCAUGGGUGCAGAAUGAAACCAUCAAGGAGAACAUCCUGUUUGGCGCACCAUACGACGAGGAGCGAUACAAGAAGGUGAUCUACCAAUGCGGCUUGACACGCGAUCUGAGUCUAUUCGACGCUGGAGACGCGACUGAGGUCGGCGAAAAGGGCUUAACGCUGAGUGGUGGGCAGAAGGCACGGAUCACGCUUGCACGAGCGGUGUACUCGUCUGCGGAGACGCUAUUGCUGGACGAUGUGCUUGCUGCGCUGGAUGUGCACACAUCUCGGUGGAUCGUGAACAAGUGCUUUAAGGGCGAUCUUAUUCGGGGCCGGACUGUACUGUUAGUGACACACAAUGUGGCCAUGGCCAGUCCGCUCGCAGAGUUCGUGGUGUCAUUGCAAGACGGACAUAUCGUUGGUCAAGGUUCAGUGAGUGACGCGCUGAAGGGUGUUCAGCUGGAGGAAGAGCUCAAGCAUGAAGAAGAGGCCAUCGAGCUCGACGAGGUUGAAGAUGCAGCAAUCGAUUCUCCGGAUCCUGCCGAUCCCGGCGCUCCCGAAAUGAAGAAAGACGGCAAACUUGUUGUCGCCGAGGAGAUUGCUGUUGGUCAUGUCAGCUGGGUAGCAUUCAAGCUGUUCUUGGUUGGACUCGGAGGCAGAUUCCCGUUCCUGUUCUGGGUGCAAUAUCUACUCACUGCUUUUCUGUGCGAGGUGUUCGGCGUGGUCGACAUGUGGUGGCUGGGCUACUGGGCUCGGCAAUAUGCAUUGCGGGAUCCAAGCGAUAUUGACGUCGGCUUUUAUCUCGGCAUCUACUGUGCUUGCGUCAGUGUGAUGGUGCUCACGCACGUAUGCUCUGAGCUGGUCUACACCAUCGCGAGCCUCCGCGCUUCGCGCACUAUCCAUGCUCAGCUCGUCAAAUCUUUGUUGAGCGGCACUUUCAGAUGGUUGGAUGUCACACCGACGUCGCGUGUGAUCACUCGCUGCACCCAGGAUAUCCAACUAGUCGACGCAGCGGUUCCACAGUCCCUUGAUGUCGUGUUGCAAAUUACAUUGGCUUGCUUCAUCAAGAUCGGCGCCGUCGUCAUCUUCACGCCCUACUUCCUCUUGCCAGCUGUCUUUAUCGCCGGUUUCGGGGGUUUCCUGGGUCAGGUGUACAUGAAGGCCCAGCUGUCAGUGAAGCGUGAGAUGUCGACCGCCAAAGCUCCGGUCCUCGGCGUAUUCGGGAGUGCUAUGGCCGGCCUCGCUUCUAUUCGGGCUUAUCACGCCCAGCAGACUUUCAGGAACAUGAUCCACCAGCGCGUGGACCGUUAUGUCCGUGCCGCAAGGUCAUUCUACAACGUCAAUCGAUGGGUCGGAAUUCGUCUCGAUUCGCUCGGACAGCUUUUCACAGCUUCUCUCGCAUUCUACCUUGUUUAUGGACCACUGUCCUCAAACCCGUCGUUAGUCGGGUUCGUCAUCAGCCAAGCUGCGGGCUUCAGUGAACUUAUCCUGUGGCUUAUUCGUCUCUACAACGAAUUUGAAGUUAAUGGGAACAGUCUAGAGCGUAUACAGCAGUACAUCGACAUUGACCAUGAGCUUGAGCCCAAGCCCGAAGGCGUACCCCCGGCAUAUUGGCCCUCGAGUGGUGACCUCCAGGUCGAGAAGCUCUCCGCACGGUACUCGCCGGACGGUCCAAAGGUACUGCAGGACGUCUCGUUCCAUGCCAAGCCUGGCGAACGAGUCGGGAUUGUCGGCCGCACGGGGUCUGGCAAGUCCACCUUGACACUCGCCCUUCUGCGAUGCAUCUUUACAGAGGGUACGGUCAUCUACGACGGCAUCGACACGAAAAACAUCAACCUGGAUGCCUUGCGCUUGAACAUCACUAUCAUUCCGCAAGUGCCCGAGCUUUUGAGCGGGUCUCUCCGCCACAACCUCGACGUGUUCGGCCAGUACGGCGAUGUGACGUUGAACGAUGCACUCCGUGCCGCCGGGCUGUUUUCUCUCCAAAAACUCUCUGACGAGAACAGGCUCACGCUCGACACCGAGAUCGCGAGCGGCGGCGGGAACCUGUCAGUCGGGCAGAGGCAGAUUAUCGCGCUCGCGCGGGCGAUUGUGCGCCAGAGCAAGCUGCUCAUUCUCGAUGAGGCGACGUCGGCCAUCGAUUAUGAGACCGAUGCGAUCAUCCAGUCCUCGCUGCGCACGGAGCUGAAGAGCGACGUGACGGUCAUCACCGUCGCACAUCGUCUCCAGACGAUCAUGGACUACGACAAAAUCAUGGUCCUCGAUGCCGGCUGCCUUGUCGAGUACGACGCGCCCAAGGCGCUGCUACAAAAGGAGGGAAGCCUCCUCCGCGCGCUCGUGGACGAGAGCGCAGACAAGGAAGCGCUGUACGCGAUGGCGGAAGGCAAGGCAGAGUCUUAA